CACUGAUAGACUUUCCUUCAUUCAUUAACUGAGAAGAAGAGUCGGUGAGCGUAACAAGUUUACUAGGUGUUUACCAUGUUACGGAAAAGAACACUUACUCAGGACACCAGCAGUGGAAACGUUAAGCUUGGUGCCAAAAAGGUGCCAGAGUCCGGAGUGAGCUCCCCUCCCGAGUCUAAAAGGACCUUCUGCUCCAGAGCCUGUGAUGUGGGAAAAGUGAUCCUCCUCAUCAUCAUCAUCCCCCCUUUCCUGAACUACGCCUCUUUGCAACGAGAGGGAGCUCUGCUGUUUCCCGAAGGGGGACUGGCGGUGGACAUCGGUUUAGGCCAGAAGAUUAAUCUAGUGUGUAAAGGUGAAGGGCAGCCAGUCGUUCUCUUGGAUGCCCCUACUGGGAUGUCAUCAGACGCCUGGUUCCACGUCCAGGAAGACGUUUCACGGGUGACGAAGGUGUGCAGUUAUGACAGGGUGGGCCUCGGGUUCAGCAAGCGCGCCUUUCAGAACGAGACCACCGGCAUGGAGAGGAUGUGGAGAGUCUCUACAACUGGAAGGAUGGUGGAUGACUUGCACCGCCUGAUCAGAGCUGCUAAUAUUGCCACGCCCCUCAUUCUGGCGGGGUCCGAGUUGGGCGGCCUCAACGGGCGAUUCUACAGCCACAUCCACAAUUUAGAUGUGUCAGACCUCGUCCUUAUCGACCCAAUCCCUGAAGAUGUAUUUGAGGAGGACCAGUGGCGUCAAUACUGGUACACGCAGUUAGUUCCAUCCCUUCAGGCAGUGCAGUUCUCCGCGGCUACCGGCCUCAACCGCAUGUUCAUCAUUUUGGGAUGGAUGCAGCCGGCAAUAAGAGGAGAAAACGUGUCCGAGGAUUUAAUACAGAGGCAGAAAUACUGCCUCAGUAACCCUUCUCAUCAGAGCAGCGCUGUUGAUGAACACUUCUUCCUGAAUGAGAGCGUCUCACAGGUCAGGGAACUUUCUAGAUUCAAACCCCUGUCAAGCAUGACCUCGGUCAGCGUAAUAACUGGGGAUUAUUUUGACGAGCAGCUGCCUGCACACCUCAACAAAGUUGUAGCUGAGUGUCAAAAGAGGUUUUUGGAGCAGUCUUACCCCUCAGCGAAGCGCAUUCAUGUCCCUGGGGCGGACCGUACAAUGAUUUAUAAAAAGCACUCCGCAGUUAGCAAACAUUUGUUGAAGAUAAUAGAACAGAGACAAUCUAAACAACGGAGUCAGUAACCAACUGCUGGAAAUCUUAACAGUUUCAAAAACAAAUGGAACCAACAAGUGGUGGUUGAAUGUUUUCACUUCUUGGUCAACGAUAGCAUUUUUUUUUUUAAGCAAAAUAUUAGAUUUUCUAAAAAUGAUUGGGAAUAUUGUCAGAUGGUAAAGUUGAUAAAAAUCCAGUAGGAAUAAGAUUGUGUUUCUUUGUUUGUAAUUACAUGUUUUCACUCAUCCUAGUGUUAUUUUAUACAAAUAACCGUCGUUAUCUCAGGCUGUUAAAAACAAUAUUGAUUAUUGAAAUUUCAGUUCAUCGGCAUCUUGGAAUGAUUAUCUUCUUUCAGUUCAACCGCACGUUGGAGCAAAGUGUUUGCCUUUGUUUUCUGUUUGGCUGUUUUCACAGGUUAAUAAUUGUUAAGCGAUGAGGAGGCAAAAUGAAGACAAGUCUCAACGCUGAGUUAUCCUGAGGACUGAAGUUUAAUUAUGACACCACAUCAAAAUAAAAAUUUCCAACAGUUCUGGAAUUUUAUUCCAUCCAUAUACAUGCAUAGCAACAACAUUUUUUUAAGAAAUAUUUUUUUUCUCCCAUAAUUAGGACGCUGGAAUGAUCGUGUUACCCCAGUGCUCCCCAGAUCCCCACCCACCAAUCUUGUUCUUCAACAUCAAUAAACUUAAUUCUUUUACAAUAUUUUUUUCCAUGGGAUACAAAUAAAAUCUGACAAGUCGUCCUUUUAUAAUACUGCUUUCAGUAAUGUUUCCUCUUUUACAAAGUAUUGCGUUGAGAGCAAAGUUUUAUAAAGGGAGACCAAAGUGUAUCAGCAAACAGAAAUACAAGUACUAUACAAGAAUGCUGCCCAUCCUCAUAAAAACAUCCAUUUCUGAGUUGAAGAAAAGAGACAAGGACAUACAGCUACAUACAUAUGCAAAGCCAAGUGCAUAUACCGCAAUAUAACAUGCACGAUUAGGCUUGAUUUUUUUUCCCACAACAGUAAUCCAGGGUGAAAAAGUGGGCUGAGAAUCCAAUCUGCACGUUACAUUUAGGUAUAUACCAAAACCCUUACAGCAAAUAAGAAUACACAAGUGCUUUUGUAGCUAUUCUGUGUCUAAAAUGCAUUUCCUUUGUAGCCUGUGUCUAUUGUAUCAUUGAACCUACAUUACAGUGUAAACAAUGUGUUCUACACAAGAAUGACUAUACAAUAACAUUACAAACAACUCUGAUAUAAAUUUCAUUUUAAUUUAAAUUAAGAUCACUACUCCUAUUAAUACUGAUUGUAAAAUAAAUAAAUGUGAAAGUG